UCCACAGCGAGCCUAUGGAGCUUUUUUAUGUCCAAGCUUGAAAUCAAUGUCUGGGAACGUUGGAAUUGCCCGACAGCUGCGAACAUGCAAUAGAGUUCAUCCUGAGCUGCAUCAUACUGAUCUAGAGAACGGCGAGGAGGAUAGCCGCGACGGCGAAGUUGAGGAAACCGAUAGCUUGAAAGGAGUGGACUGCGAUGAUGACGAGGGGCUGACCGACCUGGAGUUGACCGAAACGGCCGACGAUGAUGAACCUCAGCAUCGAAGACAGCGCCAUUGCGCAAAGCCACACGAGCGCAAAGCACCGCAACAACACGCCAUGGGGAACCCGCAGCGUCAACGGACCAAGCGUUUUCAAAGCGCGCCUUCGUGUCCCCGCACGGACAUCCAUACCGUCGCAGCCAGGGCAGGCCUUGCCCAGAUUAAGAAGGGUGGUUCCUCCCUCCGCACCUGUGCGUGCAACGAUGGGGUUGCCCAACAUGAAGGCAAGCAACAGCAGCGGUCUGAAAAUGGCCGCUUUGCUGGCAUGGAGGACCACGCCCGUCGUGCCAGCCGGCGCGUAAGUAAAGCACGGGAUACGCUUUACGCAUACGUUAUGGAGUGUGAGGCAGCAGGCCGCCCCGCUGUCGCCUCAUUCUCGAUUGCGCAGCUUGGUUCUGAUGGCAAGCCGGACACCAUCGUCUGGUACUCCAACUCGUCAUAUCACGACAUGAUGAUCAACAGCGAGGUUACAGUGGAUGGUCACCCCACUCGGCCGCAUAUGCUCCUCAAACAUUUCUCCAGCCAAGCACUGGCCAGGCUUCCGUCACCGCAGCAGCCAAAGCAGCAGCCAUGCCCUGACCCCUCACCAGAGGCACAGCCAGCAGCACAGGGCCCAAAUCCACCUUGUGAGUCUGGCGGGUGGGGACUCGACCUGGAGUUGGUGCCUGAGCCAGAGCUGGCAGGCGAGCAUGCAUCCCUGCAGCAGCAACAGUCUCAGCCGCCGCCGCUGCAACAACAGCCCCAGCCGCCCCUCCAGCAACAACAGCCACAGGCACCUCAUCAGCAAAAGCAGUCCCGGCAUCAGCAGCAGCCUCAGUUGCGGCAGCAGCAGCCCAAGCCGCCAACCGCCUCAGUUCCACGCACAGAGGAGCGGCCAGCAGCAGUAGCAGCUGCAGGGGCUGUCGUCAACAUCUCGUCGCGGCCUACCUUUCCAGGGCACACAGCUCCCCCAACCAAUGUGGCUGAGGCUGUCAACGGGUCUCACUUCAGCGUCCAACAAGUGCGUAACUUGGUGUCCACCACACGCACCCUGCUCGACCUGCCCAACGACAAGAAGCCAGACUGGUUCGACGGCACAACCUGGGGCGGGAAGAACCUGAACACAAGCCAAGCCCCCGCGCACCUCAUUGACCUCCUAGGAGGGUUACUGCGAACCGGCAAACUGACAGCCGACUUCCCGGACAGGCUGUCCGCCAAAGUCAGGGAAGUCGCUCCCGCGCAGUGGGCCAGCCAGGUGAAGGCCGAGAAGCUAGCUAGCUUUGUCACGCACCUCAAACACCUUACUGGCAGGCUACCGGACCAACGCUGUGUCCGCUUGGACCCACCUCCCGGAGAUGCAGCUGGCUCCCACCCCGCAGGCCCCAAUAACCAGCCGGCAUCCCCGCUGCAACCCGGUGGUGUAGCCCUUGUAGCCACCACAGCGCACAGGCAAACGGUCGACGAUGCUUGCAGUGCUGCUGUACUACCCGUGGGCGCUUCGGCCCCCUCGAAAGCUGCCCGGGUGGAGGACUACUGCAGAACCGGACGGCCUGGCGAGGCCUUUGCACCACCAGCAGUGCAUGCCGGCCCCUCCGUGCCCAGUGCACCACCCCUUCCACCAACGGCAGCGGCCGAGAUCGGGCCCCUAACUGCCCUGGGUACCUUACAGCUUCCUGCAGUGAACCUCCGCGCGUCUGUGCCUACUGUCCCGGCCCUGUCAGCAGCUGCGACAGUGCCAUUGGCGACACGCCUCGCUGGUGACCCAUUAGCAUGUGGCGACCCAUCCUUCUCGGGCAUGGCAGACUCUGGGACAGAACCUUCUGGCACCCGUGACGCCGAGAAUUCCUCUGAGAAGCCCAUCGUAUCCCCUGGCCCAUCAACGCAACAUACUAGCAGGGCACGCCGCCGUUCUGCACAGGCCGCCCUCAGCCUCUUAGCAGCUGUUGCUCAGUCGUCAUGCCGACGCCGCUCCGGUGGCGCAUUACCUGCCCACGGUGUUCGCAUAGGAGCAAAUGUCAGCGGCGAUGGCGGAGGCACGGCGCCCGCAAGCAUGCUUGACAGUGGCCUGCAGUUGGGCGGCGCCGACGGCACUAUGGGUGGUGUCGUGUCACAUGGCCCCAGUGCGGCUGUUCGGUCUAAACGCAGGGGCAGCGGUGAUGACAACCCACCUAUGUCACCCCGCGUGUCUAAGAAGUACAAGAGCGUCAGUUGGCUGGCGUUAUACCCUCCAACGCUUCCGUCAACGACAUCCUGUCCUGGUACCGCUGGUGGUGUCGGCUUCCACCCCGACGGCGGCAGCGGAGGUACGGCACCGGCCAGCACGCUUGGCAGCAGCCCGCAGUCGGGCAGCUCCGACAGCAGUAUGCCCGCUGAGGCGGGGCAUGGGCAGCCCGCUUACGUGCGUGUCGCCGGCUUGCAGCCUGGCAGCGGGGGUGGAAGCAGUGCGCUUGGCAGCAGCCCGCAGUCGGACGGCGCCGACAGCGGUACGGUCAGUGAGGCGGGGCGUGGGCAGCCCGCUUACGUGCGUGUCGCCGGCUUGCAGCCUGGCAGCGGGGGUGGAAGCAGUGCGCUUGGCAGCAGCCCGCAGUCGGACGGCGCCGACAGCGGUACGGUCAGUGAGGCGGGGCGUGGGCAGCCCGCUUACGUGCGUGUCACCGGCUUGCAGCCUGGCAGCGGGGGUGGAGGCACGGCGCCAGACAGCACGCUUGGCAGCAGCCCGCAGUCUGGCGUUGAGGAUUCACGUGGGCCUGCCGACAGACUGAGCAAUUGGCUCGACAGGACUGUAUGGGGCAGACUGUUAGCUGUAUCACAUGGGUGUGGAAUCUUACUUCUCUCAUAUAUGGUGGGAUUGAAAGGGGAAGGCUGGAAGAGGGAGGUCUAGGCUGGGCGUUGGCGGACUGAGAGGGGGGCUAGGCAGUAGAAGUGAAGAAGCUACUGGCGCUGGUGAGUAGGCACAAUGUAUGGAGUGGGCAUGAGGUGCUUGCUGUCUACUUGACGUUGGCAUUAAUUAUUGCGGCCACAAGUUUAGUAGCAUUGGUGAAAUGGGGCGUCCUUAUAAACUUGACAGAAAGCUUGGCCCACCCCCUAACAACUGAUGGCAACCCACAGACGAAUACAGUGAGCCUCACUACUUCUACGGCAAAUUUGUGUAAG